CCUACUUCAGAAGAACAACAAAUGCGAUUAUCUUUACGUUUUACAAUAUAUUUAUAGUAUACUGUCAUAUAAGAACUCCGUCGAGGAGAAAUUAAAAGUAUAUAAAACGUUUCAGAUGUUUACCUGACACAAUGCAUUGGACUGUGGCUUUGGAGGGUGGGCCUAGGCGUGUCAAUCAUGCUGCGGUUGCUAUAGAAACACAUGUAUAUACAUUUGGUGGUUACUGCACUGGGGAAGACUAUGAAACUGCCAGACCAAUGGAUGUACAUAUGCUUAAUACAGUGACCUACAAAUGGAUGGCUAUACCAGUUCCAAAGUGCAGUGACCCUCAAUACCGUAUUGCUCCCUAUAUGAGGUAUGGACACACUGCAGUGGCGCACAACAGGCUGGCAUACUUAUGGGGUGGUCGCAAUGAUACAUCUGGAGCAUGCAAUAUCUUGUAUGUAUUUGACACAGAAAGUCGCAAAUGGUUUCGCCCCAAGGUGCAUGGGAACAUACCCAGUGUAAGGGAUGGACAUUCUGCAUGUAUCAUUCGGCAUAAAAUGCUCAUAUUUGGAGGCUAUGAAGAAGAGAUGGACAAAUUCUCCAAUGAUGUACAUGGCUUAGACUUGACUUCUCUAACUUGGGAGUAUUACAAAGUAUCAAAGGGUGAACCAGCAAGAUGGAGGGACUUUCACUCUGCAACAGGUAUUGGGGAUAAAAUGUACAUAUUUGGAGGUAGAAGUGAUAAGGCUGGUUCCAUUCACACCAAUAAUGAGAUGUACUGCAAUAAGAUGCAAAUAUUUGACACUGUGACAUGCAGUUGGUCUGAGCCUGCUACAACUGGUUGUACACCCAUUGGCAGGAGGAGUCAUUCUGCUUUUCUAUACUACAAUAAGCUUUACAUAUUUGGGGGUUACAAUGGGCUGCAUGACCUUCACCUUCGUGACCUCCAUUGCUUUGACCCAGCUCUGAAUCAUUGGUCAUUUGUGACAGUCCAAGGACAGGGUCCAUGCCCCAGGAGGAGACAGUGUUGUUGUGUCGUGGGGGACAGAGUCUUCCUCUUUGGGGGAACAAGCCCUUGUAAGGUGCCAAUGGAGAAUACAGAGUUCGAUCUAAUGGACCUGUCUGAUCUCUAUGUCCUGGACCUAAUGCCAACUUUGAGGACAUUGUGUCUUGUUGCAGCCUUAGACUUUAAGCUGAAUACUGACAUAUUACCCAUGGAAAUAAGGUGGGAGUUGGCAGCGAUGACUACGAACAGCAAUAUAAGUCGACCCCUUGUGCGCUGCUCUAGUGGGUGAUUGGUUCAUUUCAUUACCCAGGAUUCCUGUUGUGAAAAUCCAUGAGUUAUUGCUUGUAGACUCUCUGAUGUUAGUGCUCCCCCUAUGGCAUUAAAGGUUGAAAGGUUGGACUGUAGCUAGUUAAUAGCUACGACUGUAGCUAGUUAAUUGCUACCUUGAAGCAUCGACAAUUAGACACACUACUCUCUGUCUAUAACAAAUGAUUCUGCAGUUUUGGUACUGUCAGGAUCUUAACAAUCUCAAAUGUUAUGUUUGAUGUUCUAACUUCAUUUUCCAAUUGGACAUAGGCACUCUACUAUACCUUGCAUUUGGUCUACAUGAGCAACCCAUUAGGCUUAUCAGUAAUGAUUAUGUUAUUUGUUUUUAUGUGUCUGCUGCUUAUGAAUGGUUUAUUGGAUGACUGUUAGAUGUUAAUAAGGUACUUUUAAAAAUAU